AAUAGAAAAUCUGAAUAAAUAAACCAAACCCUCACUUUCUCCUCGAUUCUCUCCAUCGUCAUCAUCAUCCACACAGUAAUCAUCAAAUUUUCUUCUCACUAUACUUCACUUCACUAAUCAACCUUCAUCUUAAACCCUAACCACACUAUCAUCCACUAAUUCAUUCUCCUUUUGUAGUUUACUCAUCGAGAUGACUUCUUCUAUCGAUGAUUUUCCUGCGGCUCAGGAAGUUAUGCUGGAGUUUCGUGCUGGUAAAAUGCUUCUAGAAGGGAAACGGGUGGUUCCUGAUGCUCGGAAAGGACUCGUUCGGAUUGCUAGGGGUGAGGAGGGAUUAGUUCAUUUUCAGUGGCUUGAUCGCUCGCUAAAUGUUCUCGAAGAUGAUCAGAUCAUAUUUCCAAAUGAGGCUACUUUUGAGCAGGUUAAUCAAGCAUCUGGAAGGGUUUACUUAUUGAAGUUUAAUAGUGAUGACAGAAAGUUCUUCUUCUGGAUGCAGGAAUCUAAUGCUGAUAAUGACUCGCAACUUUGUAGUUCUGUGAAUGAUUAUAUUAACAGACCAUUGGAGCUCCUUGGCGAAGAGGAACCUGAUGGAUCUCUUCCACUUCAAGUUUCUGAAGAUAUGGCUGAGGAUGACAUCUCAUCUAGAGCUGCAAACUUAUUUGCCCCAAACCUGGGUGUGGAUGCAACUAGCGAUGUAACGUCUUCCGGUCCAGUUAAAUUGGAAGAUCUCCAAAGAAUAUUGAGCAACAUUGGUCCUGCUGCAGAUAGUAUUAUCGAUCCUGAUGGAGGCUUUGAACUUGGUGACAUAUUGAAGCCUGAUCUGAUAUUGCCAUUGAUGGAGACAUUAUCAUUGGAGCAGCGUCUUGCUCCGUAUUUACCAGAGGGCACUUGGUCUCCACAAGAAAUAUUGGAGUUGUUGCAGAGCCCACCUUUCCGUCAGCAAGUAGAUUCAUUUACUUAUGUACUUCGAACAGGGCAGAUAGAUUUGUCUCAGUUUGGAAUCGAUCCAAGUAAAUACAAGUUCACAGUUUUGUCUUUUCUUGAGGCUCUUGAAGAUUCAGUUUCCAAAUCUGAGGAAACCAGGCAAGAUGAUCAGGAAUUAGUAUCUCAAUCUUGUACUCCAAUGGAUGAAUCUAAGUAGCCUGCUGCUUUCGCUUUUUUCAUAGAUACAAGGAAUUUGUUUUUUUGGCAAAACAUGUAUAUGCUUGAAAAAGGAAAGUUUAAAGGUGCUAAUUUAAUUGAGAUUUUCAAGGCUAUAGAGUGGAAUUAUUUAUUAAUAAAAUUUGAAUCCCUCAAUUUCUUUA